AAAAUCCAAGAUGAACCCCGACGACGCGAACAUUGAUCUAGGUGUCACCGUCCAGACGGGUCUAUAUGUUGCUGAAAUGUUUGCGCUGCUUCACACUAGCCACGGCGAAAGAGUGACUCACUACGGACUACAAGGACGCACCACCAAUGCGGUCCCUGUCAUUAGCGAAGCGCUCGCUCAGAGAUACACAAACAUCCAGGAUGGGAUGGUAGCCAAGAUCUUUUGGGGAGAGGUGAAUUGCACUAGCGAGCCGAAAAUCUCGGACAAGGUCAAGGAGAUCGCUAAGGUGCACGCCACCGUAAAAGACCAUGUUCCUGAGUUGCUUUGGCACCAUGCGUUUACAAAUCCCCACGUCUGCAGUUCGAGACGUUCCAGACCCCACCACAGGCAGUCGCAUGCUCUACAUCCUCCUCUUCCUCAAGCUCCACCCCAUCACGAAGCUUCAAGACAAAGAGCUUUUCGACGUGUGGGUUCAAUGUAUUCUAUACCACGUCACUCUGUGGAAGGAAGGGGUCUAUCAUCGAGAUGUCAGCCCUAGAAACAUGAUGUGGUACGAGAUAGACGGGGAACUGAUGGGUGUCUUGAACGACUACGAUCUAUCCUCGUUGGCGAAUGACGCGGGUCCUCGGGGCAACGAGCGCACGGGCAUGGUGCCGUUCAUGGCGCUCGAUCUUCUCACAGAAGAGGGUCAGCGGGGUGAAGUCAAACACCUGUAUCGUCAUGAUCUGGAGUCGUUUGUGUGGUGCUUGGUUUGGAUUUCCUUGCGCUACGAGAACGGAGCUCUUCUACCAGCGGAAUCGCGCUCCUUCGAUGAAUGGGCGACUUUAGACGCCGUGACAUGUGGCGUGAAGAAGUACUAUUUCCAGGGUCAUCUCAAAGCUCCCGAAAGCUCGCACAUAGACCCCCUCCUAUGGAGUCUUAUUGUGGAGUGUUUCGAUUUGCUUGACACGGACACCUUCAAUCGACGUAAACAACUCCUACGAUCGAUAAAGAGGAGAGAAAAGCCUACCAACACCGAGGAAACGGAAUCAGAUAUCGAUGGUUUUCUACAGCGAUUCAAGGAUACCGAGAGCUGGGUUGCGCUCAGCACACCUCCCCGCGAGCCUUCAGAUGGGCCCCCUUGUCGUCAGAUCCGUGAAAUCAUGCUUUGA